AUGAAUACCCUCGCCGCAGCUCCCCCUUCUCCGCAGGAGGUCCACCGAAAGCUGUCGGUCCACUCCAUGUCGUACACCAAGUCGCCUAGAGCUCCCCACCCGACCACGACUGUCUCGGGCACCGAAUCAGACUCGGACUCACUCGAUACCAUCAUACCCUCCACCGGAAAUCUACCCCUCCACCAAGCAUCUGCCCAACCCAAUUUGUCAUCCAUUGCUGAGCGUCGUUCUCAGAGUGGGGAGGAUUCAGAGGAAGAAGACGAAGGCGACGAGGAAGUCGGGGGCUGGCGGAGCGCUGACAGAGGCUCGCCAAACCUCAACUCUGCCGAGGAAAGUGUCAUCAAGGCUGGCUAUUUGUGGAAAAAAGGCGAACGGCGAAAGACGUGGAAGAAACGAUGGUUUGUCUUGCGGACAGCCCACCUCGCUUACUACAAGACUGCCGCUGAAUACCAACUUCUACGACUACUUGAUUUGUCCGAUGUCCAUUCGUGCACCAAGGUUGCCCUCAAACGACAUGAAAACACGUUUGGGUUAGUCUCCCCGGUCCGAACGUUCUAUCUUCAGGCCAAAGAUCCGGGAGAAGUCCACGACUGGGUCAAGGCGAUUGAAGAAGCGCGUCAGGCACUCCAAGCCGCUUCUGGUUCUGCAACGCAACCAAUACCUAUUCCAGCUGGAAGAGGGCGUGGUCGUGCUAAUGCUCCACCACCAGUGACUCCCUCCCCCCCUUCACAUGGCUACUCGAUAACUUCGUCCGACUCUGACGAUGCAUCUCCCAAUGGAGCCCGCUCCUACUCCCUUUCUUCUUCCCAGCCUCGUCCACAACUACCAACUGGCGGCACUUCUCCUUCUGCCAAAGCCGCUAUAGACCCAGCCAAAACGAUUCUGUCUGGAUACCUUAUGAAGUGUGGGUCCAAGCGCCGAAACUGGCGUAAGCGCUGGUUUGUUUUGAGUGCCGAACAGUUGGUGUAUUCCGGAAGCCACAUGGAUACGAAACCGCAUCGACGUUUCCCCUUCAAGGAGAUAUUAGACGCCCUUGAAUACGAGCUCGCUCCUCACCGCCAGACCCCAAGUGGUGGCUCUGGGGUAUCUCCCUCUGUAGCGCCUGCGGGGGACGACGACAAUAACACGCAUACUUUCAAAAUUGUCACAACGAAGCGGACACUCUUGCUCUGUGCACCAAACGAGGAGGACGAGAUCAAAUGGCUCGGUGCCAUUCGGGCGCUUAUUGCGAGAAGAUCGGGGACUGGGGGAGUACCCGGGGACUCAACGAAAAUCAUGGGUACCUCCGACGUCAGUCCAAGUCCGUCUCAUAUUUCUGGAGUUGGAGGUGGCGGCGGCGCGUCGACUGGGUUGAUGACAAGGGUGCGAAGGUUGAGUGCGAGUCAGCCUUUGCAGGAGCCAUGA